AUGGCAACGGACGUCAUGAUGGACUGGGAUAUCAUAGACAUCUUCAAUUUGAACGCCGAAGACCGAGAGUUGGACAUCGAGAUUCGAUCAAUCCUGCUCAAAGACACAAGCUACACAACAAUACUUUCACAGAGUGACGAGGAACUCAUGGACCAACAUUCUUUAGAGUUCGACAAAACAAACCUACCGUUAACUGAUUUUGAUCCACUAAGGCAACUCACAAUGGGUCAUUCAUCUUCCUACUGGAAACCCUCCAAAUGCACUACUCCGACGGCAGACCUGAAAGUUUCCGUGGACUGUGAUGCAUCAACUUCCAACAUUCUGAAGGACACCGACGACACGGAUAUCAUGUACAAGAUUGAUGCACCGGUCUCUCCCCAGGACAUAUGCUCCAAGGGUCCCUAUCCGUGUGAUGAUCAACUCGACAGUGAGAAGAACAACAAUCUCCAACCUUGUCCUCACUGCAACAAACACUUCUCCUGCAAGACUUCCCUCGUCGAACACCUUCGACGACACACAAACGAAAGACCGUUCCAGUGUCCCAGUUGUCCCAAGGCGUUCCGGCUCUCCUCGACGCUCUCCGCACACAAGAAGCUGCACGAUUUACGAGGACCCAGUCUGCGGUGUGACACGUGUGGACGAACCUUCACACAACCCAGCGCCCUUUCGAGCCAUCGGCUUCUGCAUCGCGAGGAUAGACCCCAUUGCUGUGGGCUUUGUGGCAAACAGUUUGUUCGUCUGCACGCCCUCAAGACACACGUCCUGAGUCACGCGAACGAGCGACCCUUCGAGUGUGAUCAGUGUGGAAAAACGUUUACCGAAAAGCACGUGCUGGUGCGCCAUCGCAAGACACACAGUGAUGAGAGACCACACGAGUGUGAGGUGUGCUCGAAGGCCUUCAAGGAACGGUAUGACCUGCUGCGACACACCCUCAUACACAGUGGACUGCGACCGCACAAGUGUCCGGAUUGUUCGAAAACCUUUGUCCAAUCCAAUGCACUGGCCAAACACCGAAAGUGCCACGAACGAGAACGUUUUGUUGGCCACCGGUUGGAUACGAAGGCGUUUGUUGUGACAAGAAGCGAAACUACCUGUUGUUAA